AUGCUAUUCUCCUUUCACGCUGUCGAAGCAGCAUGCGGAGACCCUCCUGGCUGGCCAACACCUUCCUGGUCACCACAUGGCUCAGUCGAGUCAAUGAAGAGAAAUGGACCCACCAAGGCAAUCUUGUCUCUGACAGCUCCUGGUGCCAUUAUUUCUGACACGGAUGGGGGCAGACGGGCUCUGGCCCGCAAGGCAAAUGAAUAUGCCGCUAGCUUGCGUGAUAAAGAUCCAGGCAAGUGGGGUUUCUUCGCAGCCCUGCCAUGUCUGUUAGAUGUUGAGGUCACGCUAGCGGACAUCAGAUACGCGCUCGACAUGCUUGACGUGGAAGGCGUUACUAUAUUCACAAGAUACGGACCUUCAAACCACUAUUUGGGCCACCAGGACUUCAAGCCAAUCUGGGCGGAGCUGAAUGUCAGGUGGGCGGUGAUUUUCAUCCACCCAACUCAUCCAGCCGACACUACAUGGGUUUGCCUCCUCCUUCCACAACCCACUAUUAAUUAUCCUCAUGAGAUGACUCGGAAGGUAGUGGACUUGUUCAUCACAAACACGAAAAUGAGAUAUCCUGACUCCAAGGUAAUCUUAUCUCAUGCGAGAGGAACUCUCCCAUACCUGAUCUCUCAAAUUUCUACAGUAUUUUGCGAAGCCACUGCAUUUCGGGCUUAUGGGAAGACGUUAGCAGAGAUGAUAGAGGAUUUCCAGUUCUUCUACUUCGAUCUAGGUCUCUCAAGGUCGCCAGCUAUGCUGAAGCUUGUUUUGAACAUGAUUCCAUACAAUCACUUGCUUUACGGUAAGGUCCAGAGCUCUCAAACAUGCAUCUAA